GAACACUGAUAGGAGCCGCAGCAGCUCCAGUUAGCCGUCACCUGUCCGAGUGCGCUUCUUACCUGCACAAGUUAUUCCUCCGAUUUUUAGACCUUUUAUAUCGUGGACACGAUGUUGUCCUAUGUGAGUUGCGGCUUGUUGCUGGCAUUGGUGACUUUUCACGGUACCGCUCGCUCAGAAAUGGUGUUCCGCUGUCCGAGCUGCACCGCGGAGCGCCAGGCGGCUUGCCCGAUGCUCACGGAGACGUGCGGAGAGAUUGUGCGCGAGCCGGGCUGCGGCUGCUGUCCCGUGUGUGCCCGACAAGAGGGUGAGCAGUGCGGCGUUUACACACCGAGAUGCUCCAGUGGUCUGCGGUGUUAUCCCAAGCCGGAUUCGGAGUUGCCCCUGGAGUUGCUGGUUCAAGGGCUCGGGAGAUGCGGACGUAAAGUGGACACUGAGCCCACAGGAAGCGCAGAGCCUCGGGAAGUCAGCGGUGAGGUGCAGGACCCUUUGGAUAUUGGUCUGACUGAGGUUCCUCCAAUAAGGAAGCCCACCAAAGACAGUCCAUGGAAAGAGAGUGCAGUUCUUCAGCACCGCCAACAGCUGAAGUCUAAGAUGAAGUACCACAAAGUAGAGGACCCUAAAGCACCACAUGCUAAACAGAGCCAGUGCCAGCAGGAGCUUGACCAGGUGCUGGAAAGGAUCUCAAAAAUAACUUUCAAAGAUAACAGGACUCCCCUGGAAGACCUUUAUUCCCUGCACAUACCCAACUGUGACAAGAGGGGGCAGUACAACCUGAAACAGUGUAAGAUGUCAGUGAAUGGCUAUCGUGGCGAAUGCUGGUGUGUAAAUCCACACACAGGACGUCCCAUGCCCACCUCUCCACUGAUAAGAGGUGAUCCAAACUGCAACCAGUAUCUUGACGGUCAAGAGAUGGAUCCAUCUGUCGACCCUCCAAACUAGAAGUGUCCCGAACCUUCCCAUCCCUUACCCUCUUGCCCUUUAAGCCCCUAGAGGAGUCAGUGUUUUACACUCUCUAAACAAGCUACAAUUAUAUCUUAAGUGUGUGUAGACAUGUCUGCGCUUGUAGGUUUGAGAAACUUUACACAAAACAGUAUUGUUACAGUUCAUGUACUGCUCUAUCUGAACUGAUCCUACCCAUUAAAUCUAAGCUAAGAGAUUAAAUAUGACCAGAGGACUGAUGUUAGCAGGCUGAUACUACUAAUACUACUUGUCCUAUAGAAUAUUAACAAGAGAUGUGUUUUUAACACUUUCACAUACUUACAGUAGUAGGUAUCUUGUGCUAAACAUGAUGUACACUGUUAUUUUUCUUUCACGAAGUUGCUGGUGCUAUUUGUUUCAAUACAGAAAGUAGGGUGCACCUUUCACACUGCACAGAACAUGGUAAGGAAAAGGUUUGUUUUGGAUAGGACAGUGUUCUGCUAAUAAACUAGUAAGCUAGUGCCUUCCUUCAAAUGGGCUACACCGUUUGUAAUAAUUCAUUUGAGGUUCUGUUACAAUUGCAAGUAACUACUUCCACCUGGUGGUGACACUAAGGAAGAGAAUGCAUAAUUCUGAAUAAAACCUGCUGCAGAAGUGUUAAACAGAUUUGCUCCUAACUGUUAACUAUUUCAACUACACAUUGUGGUUUGUGCAAACUGAAUAAACAGUUUAAUCUUUCUGUUAGAUGCCAUUGUCGCUUGCUAUUUUGGACCCUGUGUUUUUCAUGUACAAAAAUAAAGAAGUUAUUUCAAGA